AUGACAUUUGUCGCUCCUCCUGGCUACCAGCCAGUCUACAGCCCUCAAAUCCCCUAUCGUGGGCCCAUUUAUGGGGGACUGAGGAAUGGCACGUCUAUCUACAUCCAGGGGUCCAUUCCUGAUGAUAUUACCAGGUUCUUCAUCAACCUGCUAUGUGGAGAGUCUGAGUCCAGCGACGUCGCCCUCCACUUCAACCCUCGCUUUGAUGGCUGGGACAAAGUGGUCUUCAACACUUUUGAGAAUGGAGAAUGGCAGUCAGAGGAGAAGAUUCGUGAUAUGCCUUUCUGCAAGGGCGAAACCUUUGAAAUGGUCAUCAUGGCCACUUCACAGGGCUACACGAUCAAAGUCAAGGGGAAUGACUUCCACACCUUCCAACACCGUAUCCCGAUGGAGAGAGUGUGUGCAAUGCAGAUCGCAGGAGACGUUUCCAUCCAGACGAUUAAUAUCAUAGGGGGUGGAAUGGGAGGAGGCAUGGGCGGAGGUAUGGGAGGAGGCAUGGGCGGAGGUAUGGAAGGAGGCAUGGGAGGAGGAAUGGGAGGAGGCAUGGGAGGAGGCAUGGGGGGAGGAUACCCAGGUGGUGGAAUGGGGGGUGGAUACCCAGGUGGCAUGGGAGGCGGUAUGGGCGGAGGUGGUGUGGGAGGAGAAAUGGGAGGAUGGCGUCCAGAAGGUGGAAUGGGGGGUGGAUAUCCAGGAGGCAUGGGAGGUGGUAUGGGGGGAGGAUUCCCAGGAUCAAACCUGCCGGGUAUGGGUGCACAGCCAGUCUACAACCCUCCAAUCCCAUACGCCAACAUGAUCCCAGGAGGGAUAUACCCUAAGAGGACCAUCAUCAUCAGAGGCAUGGUGCCCUAUGGCGCAGACAGCAUGUGCAUCAACUUUGUGGUGAGCCGAUCUCGGGACAUUGCCUUCCACAUGAACCCCAGAGUGAGGGAUGGGGUUGUGGUGAGAAACAGCUGUAUUGGAAGUAACUGGGGUCAGGAGGAAAGAGAGCUCGGCAUGAGCCCCUUCAUGGAGGGACAGUACUUUGAUAUGUCAAUUCGCUGUGGGAACCAGAGAUUUAAGGUCUUUGUGAACGGGCAGCACAUGUUCGAUUUCUUCCACCGCUUGCGAUCCUUUAAUGAGGUCGAUAUGCUGGAGAUUGAAGGCGAUGUACAGAUCUCCUACAUUCACUUCUGAAACCACACUCACUGAUGCAUCAAAAUGUUCAUUCUGUUCAUUAUUCAACUAUUUCAUGUUCUUUUUAGGCAUUGAGUGAUAUUUCAUGUAUGAUAUGUCAGCCACUGUUGAUCAUCUCAGAAAUUGUCCUGCUGUGUGAUCAUAAGUCUUUAUAAAACAUAACAUUACCUAAUUUUGAGCUGUAUUGUUCAUACCUGGUGAACUGAAUUAAUAAAAAUGUGAGAACACAUCAAAGC